AUGUUUUCAAGAAAGAUUUUUGGUGCUCUGACUGUCCUGAGUUCAGUGUUUUUUUCAGCGUGUUCUCAUGGAUUUAGACAUUCGACUGUAUUGGAUGCAGAUGGGAAAUACCACAUUAAAUGGAAAUUUGACCAAACGACAAUAACUUUUCAACUAGAAGUGGAAACACAAGGAUAUGUAGGAUUUGGUUUAUCUCCCAACGGUGCGAUGGCGUUAUCCGAUAUUGUUAUCGGUGGUGUGUCCCACGGAAGACCCUACCUCCAGGAUUAUUUUGCAGACCACAACAGGAAAGUUCACAGAGACACAAUGCAAAGCUACACGUUGCUGUAUGCAACGGAGAACAACACACACACUGUCCUCUCCUUUAGUCGGGACCUCCAAACUUGUGAUGACAAUGAUAAAACAAUCACGGAAAGCACAGUGAAAGUUAUAUGGGCUUACCACUCUGAAGAUGUUGGGCCUUCAGGACCAGCUUAUCAUGGUGUUUACAGAGGGAGAAAGAGUCUGCGUUUGCUAAACCCAGGCACCAGCACUAGCGUUCCCCAGGGGACAGCUUAUUUCGACCUGCAAAACCGUAACGUUCCAGUGCCUCAAAAGGACACAACUUACUGGUGUCAAUUGUUUAAAAUCCCACAAGUGAGGAAGAAACACCAUGUCAUAAGAAUUGAGCCAUUGGUUCAGAGGGGCCAUGAGAGCUUGGUUCAUCACAUUCUGCUGUAUCAGUGUGACAGCUCCCUGAAUGAGAGUGACCUCAACCUGGGGCAUGAGUGCUACCACCCGAACAUGCCCAAUUCCUUCAUUACCUGUGAAACAGUCGUCUUCGCCUGGGCCAUCGGAGGGGAGGGAUUCACCUACCCUCCACAUGUGGGUCUGUCUAUAGGAACUGCAAUUGACCCUGUCUAUGUUUUAAUGGAGGUCCACUAUGACAACCCAUUUCUUCAGAAAGGAGUGCUGGACAGUUCUGGGCUUCGUCUGUUUUACACAACAACGUUGAGGCGUUACGACGCUGGAGUCAUUGAGACGGGAGUCUGGGUCAGUCUAUACCACAUGCUUCCCCCAGGGAUGGAUGAGUACGUGACAGAGGGACACUGUACCCGAGAGUGCCUGCAGGAGUCUUUGGAUAGUGAGAUGCCAGAAGGGAUCCAGGUGUUUGCAGUUCUGCUGCAUGCCCAUCUGGCAGGCCGAGCCAUCAGAACCAGGCAUUUUCGGGACCAAAAGGAGCUGGCACCCUUGGCAUAUGAUGAUGAGUUUGACUUCAACUUCCAGGAGUUUCAGCCCCUUAGAGAGGAGAGACUGCUGCUGCCGGGAGACAAUUUAAUCACAGAGUGCAAAUACAACACAAAAAGCAGAACAAAUAUGACUUGGGGUGGUUUGAGUACACGAGACGAGAUGUGUUUGUCCUAUCUUCUUUACUACCCCAGAGUCAACCUAGCCAGGUGUGAGAGUCUGCCAGACAUCAGUGGUCAACUCAAGUUCAUUGGAGUCAAGGAGAUACAGGUGCCCGUUGUGACUUGGCCCUUUUUGAUAAAGAGUCCCAAGAGGUAUAGCAACCUCUCGUUCACUGAAGCAAUGGACAAAUUCAGGUGGACAAAGAAGAGGGGGAAAGCGUUUAACGAGGAGGUGCGGAAACUCUCUGUGAACGUACGCUGCUCUAAGUGGGGCCAGGAUGAGUGGACGAUUCAGGGUAUGAUGGUGUCUCCACCUGUUGUGAAGCCCUCAGCCAGGUCUCCAGUCAUGGCUUGCAUGAAUGGCACAGGAUCACAAGGCCUUGCCUCUUUUCUUCUUUGUUUAUGUCUACUAUUUGCCACCCGGAUCAAAUUUACCUUCUGA